AUGAAGAACGUCACGUUUUUGCUGCUCGCCAUGUCGGCUACUCUCCUUCUGCUUCUCGCGUCGGCCCUGCCUCCAAGAAGAAGAAGUCUCAUCUCCAAAAAUUACAUCUUCCCAAAAACUCACAGCAAACGAUUCGCCAAAAAUAAUGAUGCCGAAGAUCCGUUAUAUUCUUCUUAUCCAUUUGAGUACAACAACAAUGAGCCUAUCAGCAUGGACUCCAACAAGUAUGCAAACUCGCUGAACAAGGAAUUUCCAAAGGCUCCGAAAGGAAAGCAAGUUUUCAAGAAAGCCCACGUGCCAUGCCUCUUCAGCAUCAUCUCUUGCUGGAAAUAA